AUCUUAUCCCGAUUUCCGUUCCCAUUGCCUUCAACUUGUCGCGAUUUUCAGUGUGCAUUGAGAUAGAAAGGAAGUGAAAUGAUUUUGGAGGACACGGUUAAGUAUCUGCGGAGUGCAACUACACCCGAAGAUGUAGCGAACUGGAAGCUGGUGCAUAAUUUUAUCAUCGAAACGAAAUAUUUUCUGGAACAUUACGAUAGUAUCAUAGAAACAUGGGAUUUGUGCGAUAAGGAGUUCCUAAUGCUGGUCUGGGAAAUUGAAGAAUUAUUGACGGAGCUGUUAUACAAGUAUACAACGGUUACUACAGAUUUCAUUCGUCCGGUGCCUUUACCCAUCGUUGAAAUAAAGUGUUGUGAUAUUUUGUUUGAAAAGUCGAGCGAAUUAUUCAGACACUAUUACACAGUACAUCAUACACCCGCCAGAUUGAACAACAUUCGAUAUUGCGAAAUGAAAGCUGGUCUCCUAAAGUUGGAUUUUUAUCGCCGCAGUCUAAAAUAUUAUAUUGAAUUCGGAACUUGGGCCAACCAUGUCCUAUGUCUAUAUUUAAAGCGAAUCUAUAGAAAAGUGAAUCAUACUCUAGAUCCAUUCCGCGAGUAAUGCAGACACAAUAAAACCCCACAUUAAUCCACCUAGCGGUGACGACUCAAUCGUUUGGUUCCGCUUUAGUGUGAUAUACAUCACAACUAAUUGCCUACAUUACGGCAUACCAACCAUAUGGGUUAUGAUUAUGGUAUAUGGUACAACACACCAUUUUAAUCAUAGCUUUUGAACAAUGACCGAUAGUGAUUACACAGACAAACAGACAUAACACUCGUCAAAUUUCCAUCGUUCACUGAUUUACUGGUCGAUUCAAAUAAUCAUUAGUUGGCCAAUCGAUCACUCGUGGCGCGCGCACCGGAUUUGCUCGAGUUUGACAUUGUCUCAUUGUUCGUGAUUUGCCCAACCAACUGAAAUCAACAGAUGUCGUUAGUGUUUCAACGACGAUGUAUAUGAUGAGUAAAUGUUCAAUGUGUUAUGUCUGUUUGUCUGUGGUGAUUAUAUUCAAUAGUGAUCAACUAAGAUUUGUCCCCCGUCGAAGGCAGCUUGUUGCGAGAAAAUCGGUUUAGAAUUACUAUAUGAAAAUGUGGCUAAUGUUUUUCGGUUCUCGUGUGUACACACACACAUAUACGUACAGACAUUUGUUUAGCUCAACGAGCUGAGUCGAUUGGUGUAUAACAUAAUGGGUCUCCGAGACUUCUGUAAAAAAAAUCGAUUUUAGAGUGAAAUGAUAGCCUUUCGGUACAACUUUGUUGUAAGAGAAAGAUAGAAAUGUACAAUGUAAUAACAAUUUGUGAAAAUAACUUAAAUCAAAUAAAAUUAUGUUUGCUGUUGUAAA